GCAGCGCACUCGUGGUGCAGUGUGAGCCGCGGUACAUACGUCAACGUGGAUUGCUGCUGGAGUUCCUAUUUUGGCUUGUAUGUUUGUUGGAUGCUUUGAAAUUAGAUUUUAAUACAACUGUGUUCGCUAUUCCAGGAUGACUGAUGCCUGCUCAGUUGCCGAAACCCUGUACACUGUGGCCUUCUACUACACUUGUUGGGCCCUAGAGGGCUUUCCUGGUGUCCAGAUGCUGUAGCAGGAUGCUAGCUGACUUCCCAGUUCGAAGUACACACCCUCCAUACUGGAGUCCAAGAUACUGUGACUGAAAUCCUGGCCCUGCAGGAGCUUGUCAAUGAUGUCAUCUGCAUUGACCCUGGUGGCGUUUACCCUCGUCAGCUGAUUCUCCAUUGAGUUCUGCUUGACUGGAUGCCUAAUUCACAGACAAGAAGAAGGUGGGCUAUUGUGGAAAUGGGGAAACAACAUACAAUACUUAUUCGACUAUAAAACAGUGACAGAAAUUCCAGAUGGUUCAUCUGUGUGAGCAUUGCUGCUUGUUGAUUCAGGUGAAUAUGUGUGUUACCUUGAAGCAUUGGCAGUUGUGGAGUUCUGUUCCGUAGUAUGAUGGCAGCCCGCGGGCUUUGGAGGAGAGGACCGGCUCUCCUUAUCUGCUCUCUCUGCCUGCUGCUCACUGGGCUCUGGGAUGCUGUCGAUGCCUAUUGAGGCAGAACCUCCUGACGCGUUCCUCCGAUGGCUCAGGUCUGGUGAACUCGAAUGAUUUGAGCUGUACCCUGUAAAGUGAGAUUAAAUUGGUUAGAUGGGAGGGAUUAUUAUAUUGUCCCUGGGGAGGAUUUUUGCAUGCAUGUACCUGAGACUUUAGACUGUUGACUGGUGUAGCUGGAUGUUCUGGUGUGACCACCGGUAAGCCUUUCCUCAGGGACUGGAGUUCCUGAAUUUAGCAAAAUCAGCAUUUUAGGUAUACGUGAACAAUCUAACCCAACAGGUGUGCUGUAUCACAAACUCUUUACCAAUCUAAUUUUAUUCUGAAUUAUUUAUUAUGAUGGUUGUAGUUUGCAGUGGUAAAGGACUGAACCGCGAUACAAGAAGAAGUGUUCCUAAACAAUUUCAAAAUACAUAAACAUAUUGUUAAAGUAAUAAGUACAUCUGACAUACUGUACUGUAAAUUUACAGUCCUUGUGUUGGAUCUUGUCAGAUGAGUGAUGUUUUUUUUAACUGCAUUCAUUCAGCUCCUCUAUACUAGUCUUUAAUAUUUCAUGAUUAUUAGUUGCAACUAUAGUAUCCUGUUGCAAUGUACCAUCCUGUCGUAAAUGUCAGUUGUAGUUUUGCACUUGAAGAAGUCCCUUUUUAAAAAAAAAAAAAAAAAAAAAAAAAAAUUGUUUUCUUUUUCCUCUGCCAUGGCUAUAGCGGCUUUUGCUGCCACGAGUGGUAAUGACAGGAUGCUGAAGCUAUCUGUAUGCUGCUAUGAUCGACGUCAACAGUCUUUUAAAUUUACUCUACUGUAGUUAAUAAUAGAUAAUUUAUGGCUUAUUAGAGGCUGUUUGUGUGCAUCACUACCUGUUGCUGAAUGGCAUGUGUGCAUAUCUCCCCCCUUUCGCUCUUCAAGGAGACACUCAGACUCAGCUUGUGGUAUACCCAAUGUCAUGGCUGUAGAUGAGGGGCUGCAGGGAGAGAGAAAUAUUAUUUUUAAGAGAAGAUUGGUGGCUUAGGGAUGAUAAUGAUCAAAUAAAUUCGGCUUUCCAUACAUUGAAACGCUACAAAUAUGAUGCUUCCUAACCAGUGAAUACAGCAAAAGCUCCAGAUUUUAACAAAUGUUGUUCUGUGACAGUUGUUGACUUCCAAGUUCUAAUUUCAAAACAAUAUAAAUUAGGUCCAACAGCCGGCAUUAUAAAACCUUUAUUAACUCUACGGGCAAUGUUUGAAGUAACAUUUUAAGUAUUAGGAACAGACAAACAUUUAUUAUUACAUGCCGAGGUUAGACAGUAGGUAUAUUCAAAAUAAAUACAUCACAACUCUCCCUUCAGCUGAAUGCACAAAUACACAUUACAAGUGCAUGAUUCAUGAGUCGAUCCGAAUUGUCAUAACUUCAGCAGCACGCGCCUCAGCAGACAUUAAUAAACGGGCCACACCUUUUACUUUUUACUGUGUUGCUAUGUAUGUUAAACACGUGAAUGACAAGGGUGGGGAAGCACAGUCAAGAAUGCAUCAUAUUUCCAUUCAUUGCACUGUGGUAUAAAUCUUCCACAUGCUGUGAGUAACACUAAGUGGGAUGAGUGACUGGGCUGCAACUUGGUUUACACUUAAGGCAGACAGUUCCUUGGAAGCAUCCUAUAUACAGUAUUAUUACCAGAGGUGGUCAGAGUAGCCAAAAAUAAAAAACAUGUAAUCAAGUAAUCUAUCUUUGUUUACACGUGUGAAACAUCAAAAUAGACCCACCAGGCAGAGAUUGAAUGUGAGGCCAGGGGUGUUGUGCCUCUUGUGACUGCGAGUCUCACGCUGUUGUUUCCUGGUUUGCGUCAAUUGGUCACUUUGAAAUGUUUACUUCUGUGUGGGGUCACAGUGACUGCCUGGCUCCGUUAGAUUGAUGAAAUGGAUUCAGAUGUCGGUAAUGGUUACGUUGUAUUGGUGAAACGAGUCUUGUGACAGUGCCCGAGGCACAAUUGUCUCUUCGAAACAAUAAUCCAUCCAUUUAUUUUCUGUACCUCUUAUCCUCAUAAGGGUCAUAUGUUGCAAUAAAACUACUCGUAUUAGUACUGUACAAUUUAUCCAAAAGGUUACUCAAAUAAAAGUAACAGAGUAAAUGUAGGGCAUUACUACCCACCUCUUCUUAUAACACAAAGUUGAAAGUGAAAACUGUGAGCAGGGAAGUUUUCACAUGUCACAAGCUUUGCCAGGAGUGAGCUGUUAUAUCACAUCCUUUGCUAUCAACUGUCUGGCAUUCAAACAGGGCUUGACUGCCCUGGUGUCGAUCUUAUCACUUAUCAGCUGUUGCAAAAGAGCAUGAAUGACCCGGCAGGACGUUAUCAGGUCUCCGAUAAAAGCUGAGGAUCAAAAUUGUUACUUUCAUCUCAGCGGGUAAUUUUAACAUCAGAAAAGAGCAAUUGCGUCAAUGUACUGACAGGCAGGAUGUAGUUACAGUUUUUAGAACAUACAGUCGGACGCCCUAAAGGCUGGAGAAUUUGAAAGCAGACAAAAUGUUUUGAGACUUCAUCCUGGCUGCUAAGUGCAAAAUGACAAAAGUCAUGAGAAGAAUGACAUGUUCAUCACAAAGUCUGCUAUGUUUAAGGUUAAUGUGAAGACACUCGGCUCCACAAAACACACAGUGAUCCGAAUGAAGUUAUAAUACUUUUUUACAAUUGUAUGCCUUAGGACAUAUGUGAAAUAGUGUAAGAAUCAAGUCCAGCCACCCUCUCCACUUAAAAGCCUGCCUCAAAGGGUGGGUUUGAGCUGUGCGAUAUAACAAAAUAUAUCGUAGAUACAAUAUAAAAUGCUUAUCGUAUGAUAUAAUCAUCUACUGUUUGCUGCUACGGAGUGAAUCUUCUAAUUCCUUUCCCUCCACUUAGUAAUACUUUUGAUGGAUAAAUGGUAGGCAUACUUGAAGCACUGUGUGUAUUGUAUUUAUUUUAAGUCUUUGCACCUUACUGCAUUCAUUGAAAAGUGGUUGUACUACUAAAUAUUUUUAAAGGUAUUUAUUUGGCCAAUGGAUAUUUGUUUUAUUUUUAUCUUUUAUUCAUUUAAUUGUAUGGUCUAUAUAAAAUAUGUAUUUUACAAAUAAAUGGAGAAAAGACCACAGAAAAUGGCCAUUAAUUUAAUGUCAGGAAAACUAUUAUAUUGUUAUCGGGAUAAAAAAUUACCUAUAUUGGUAUAUAAAAUUGAAUAGUUUUAUUUUUGUUUUAUUUUGUCUCAUUACACAGUGAUCGACUAUGACAAUUUAUGUUAAACCAUUGCCUUUACAGUUAAAGGUCUUAUGGUGGUGACACUUUAACUCGAAUGGGUACACGGAGCAGAUUAUUGUUGCUUGCUAUGGAAAAGAUUGUUUAAAAAUAAAUCAGAUGUUGAUCAGCACUCCAUGACAGUGACAAAAAUGAGCAAUUCAUGAAUUAUAACUGAAUAGAUUUUUAAAUUAAAGUCAAAGAGGAUGUCCUUACGUUUUAAAACAGGGGUCUCCAGACAUGAGUUGUGUUGUGAUGACAACCUGCAAAACAAGGUGACUGUCAGUUGUGGGAUGACAAACAACUGAUCCUGUCAGAAGAAAGUAGGCUAAUGGAACACUUUUUCUUUGCAGUUUUUUUUAUUUUUAUUUUUUUAGAAUUCUGCAGCCCAUUGCUGAACUGGAUUAUGUUUGAGUAGUUUAUAGGCUGAACUGUCUGCACAGUUUUCCAUUUUUUUGUAUGUCCAAUACAUAACUAAUACUAUAUUAUAUAUAAACUAUAAUGUGUACUUGUCCAGUAGAAAUCAAUAACAAGCACUUAAAGACAACAGAAUUCAUUCAUCCAAUUUGGACUGUAAACAAACAAACACUACCAUCAAGGGCUGAACAACUAAAGAUUAUUUAGUAGUCGACAAUAAUGUUGAUAAAAUCAAGUAUUUUUUUUAGCACAGUACAGCGGUCCCCAAACUUUUUUGCACCAUGGACCGGUUUCAUGUAAAGACAUUUCUACAGCGACACAAGUGUCAUGAUGUUGGUUUGUGUGUGUUGUGAAUACUGAAUGAAUACAGUCCUCUUUAUUCAUUCCUCACAUGGUUGUUGCCCACGCAUUAUUGAACAUAACAGUAUGGCGACGAAGAUGCCGCUUCAAUUAGCGUCACUGCCCUCGUUCCUCGCUGCCAGUCCCGUUGGUAUGAAUAUUUUCCAUCAGAAUAGCUGAACCUAGCGAGGCUGUUAAUCUCAUCCACCACCAUCUUAUUUUCCUACUCUCGGAUCCGUGCAGACGUAUGGAGUGUGUCGCCUUGUUAGAGGGACAUGUCGCAGACAAGCAAGUCAUGAGUCCUCUGCAAAUUGGCUGAUUGGAAGACGAGAUGCCAAAAAUAGGUGGUUAGCGGUUAGUCGACUUCGAGUCGUAAAGUUGACUCGGCGACUAUAUUUGUUCGACCCCUAACUACUAUUGUGUCAUGUAGGCAACUUGGCAUGGUACCUUGAGAAUUGAAUUGUCCUGUCUAGUUUUGUUGGUAUCAUAUCCCUCCAGGAGGCAUCUUCUUGUAGUGCUGCCUGACCCAGCAAACUCAGACAGGUUUAAAUCAGCAAAGCCCAGCUGCACAUGGAUGCCCAAAAAAUGAAAAUAUUGAGAAACAGACACAGAACAGACACAGUAAGAAUAGUUACUUGUCAACAGUGUGGAUUCUGAGUUAUAGAUAUUUCAAUAAGUAAGCCCGAACUAAACAAAACCAGUCAUGGUUAAUGGUGUACCAAAGUCCUGAUGUCAACUGCUAUUGUAUAAAAGUAUGGAUUAUUGAUUCUGAAGCUCAUGGAAUAAAUACCUUUGCAAAUGCUUUCCCACCCUUUAAUUCCUAGAAUGACAAAAGCACCAAAAUUAGCUUGCAUACUCAGCUGCUGAUUACAAAUUAACAUCGCUUCUUAACUUUUAUGUAAUCAUUUUCCUUUUUUCAACACAGUCUCCCUACAGGAAUUUUUGUUGCACCCCACAGAGCACAAGCUUUGGGGCCUAAAAGGUGUUGCGUACCUUGCGCACUGACACCCGACACGCACAUGGAUCCAGUACACCUGUCCUAGCAUUGGCGCUCAUCUUACACACGAAGGAGAAUCGCUUCCUCCAGCGCACACAGUUGGCUUGGACGGGCUCCCUGGAAGGGAAGCAGAUUUAAUAACUGUAGUCUGACUAACCACGGGAAAGGAAAAACAAGUCAUAUUCAUGGUGAAAAAUAGUAUUCAAAUGAAAAUCAUAGUUCUGACUUUAAGUAUACAUGUGGUUAGAGCCAAGAAAAGCUUUGACAGUGUUUACACUCAGUAUAGUUUGUUUGAGCAAACUGUUACCAUAGUGAUGUAUUGACGACUAACGGCUGGCACGAGUUCCAUCUCAGCUCAUUUUUCCGCAGUGACUCAUAUUGGUUGUACGCAACGGAUGAACAGUUUGCUUUUUUUUUUGCAAUGGAAGGAACUAUUAUUAUUUUGGUUAUUGCUGUGCAGUCCUUAAAAUAUCUGUACGUUUAACCUGACUUCAGAACUGUGAGGCAGACAUGGUCACCACUAGGACCCCUGCUGUAUUUAUAUACAGUACAGUACCAUAAAAUAAUAAUAAAGCAAUACUACACAAUGAAUGUUAAACAUCUGUAAACUACCUAACAUUCUAUUGUAAAGUCAGUGACAAAAUUGGUGUCAUGUGACACCAAAUCUUAUGGUUUGGACAUAUUAGUUAAAUAAAUGACCAUAUUAUAAACUUAUUAAUUAGUGUAUAAACUGUUGAUCUAAGCAGUUGUGAGGCAACAAGUAACUUCACUGGGGAAGUUCGAUAAGCAACCUGAAGUACUCCCAUGUACAAUAAGUAAAGUAAGUUUAGAUACUCCCUGGCUUGUACAAUAAGUAAAGUUAAAGUACUCCCAUGUACCCUUGUACAAUAAGUAGUCCGUUAAAGUACUGGACUGUACCCUUGGACAAUAAGUAAAGUACUUCCUUUAAGUAAAGCAAGUUAAAGUAUGUAUCCCUUUCACUAUUUAUGCUUAUGUAUUGCAUGUGGAGUACGUAAAUAAUACUUUUAAAAAACCUACAGUAUCGUUACUUGCACAUAUUGUAGUGUUACAGUGACGUUACUUGGCGAGUGCUGAACUGUUUAGAUGCUAAUUAAUAAAUUCAUACAUUAGUUACUUAUUCAAUUAAUUGGUAAAAACCAUCGUAUUUGGGGUCAUUACAGCAAUUCCGUUCCAAACUUCUUUCCCAUUUAAUGCUCGGAACGUCAGCUAGUUCACACAGUUUGCUAACGACUAAACAUUGACCCUUUCAUUAAAUAUACGUUUCCGUUAAAAUUUAAAAAAAAAUUAAAAAAUUAAAAUUAAAAUCCAAAUAUUUUUGGCUGACGUGAACUAUGAGUGGCCGGCUGCUAAAAAUAGUCCCCCAAACUUACCGAGAAGACUCUUGGACGAAGUUACCGUGUACGAGGCGAACUUUGCAAAACAAAACGCCAUUGACAAAAGGAACUGACGACAGCUCCUCCAAGUCGAAGUCCACUUUAAACUCGAAUCUCUUCUUUUUCAUGAGGAGGAACGACAUGCUGCGUGGAGCGGAAGGCAACGGCGAAGGCGAGCGUUGACAGGCAGCCGGACAGGAUUUUCUCCACCGACUGACUGUUGCUGCUGUCACCCUCAGCUGUUCAAAACGUGUUCAAACUUCUCACGGCAACUUCCGUCUUUCCCACCCGAGUGCUGACUGACACACUCGUGACGUGUCAUGAUUUCAUUGGCUGCAACAUUGACAGGCUUCAUUCAAUUUUCGUCAUUCAAAACCGGGGAGUUCGGACUGCUAUUUAUUUCCAUUUCCGAACAGACCUCGAAGCUCCAUUCUGUCACUGAGAAAAGUAAAAUAAAUAUUAGAUAGAUAGAUAAAUAAAUAAAUAAACUCGAAGUCACAAAACGACUUAAUAUGACAAAACUACUGCAAGAGUUCAACGACAGCCGCACCUACAGUUAGUGAGACUUUUUCCAUUUAUGUAAAUUGCUUAUCAUUGUACAUUACAGAGCAGUAAAAGAAAAGUCUACCUUUGCAAAGGUGUAAAUGUUCAAUAAUGAUUUUUGUAGUUUGCAUGGGUGUAGAACUGUAUUACAACGUCCUGUGGAGUAUUAUAGUAAGUGGUUCUCAAAAUGUUUACACUCAAGGGCCUAAAAAAAAUUCUCUUCAAGUACCACCUUCAUGUAAGCGACUGUAACAUAUGCGCAAUCUAAACAUUAACACACCACUUCAAUAUAUAUAUUUUUAAAAAACUGCACUUCAGUGAAUCAAUUAAAAUUUACUGCACAUAAAGUUAAGAUAAAAUGUACGUACAUCAUUAAAUGUUGAAAAACAUACAGUUCUAAAAGAUUAAAUGCAAAUGUUCUGUAUUGUGCUUCAAAGGUAAAUAUAACUGAACUGUAUACUUAGGAAAUGUACUCCACUUGGAAAAUGAAAACAAUGGAGUUCAAGGAAGUUUGAACGGACUGUAUGAUUGCUUGUAAUGCCUGUUUUAAAUUUUGUAAAUUUUAUUUGGAUUUUUUAUUUAGUGAUUGUUUGGCAUAGCACUAGGCAGAGCUGGCAUAUCACUGGUGGUACUUGUGGAUUUAUUUAAAGGUCAAUUUUUUGUUUUUGAAAAAUAGGGUAAUCUGAAAAGUUACUAAAUCUAGGAACAAAAGUGCUUAAUUGGCAUCAAUGGCGUUUCAGUGACUGUUCCCAAAAAAAAAAAAAUACCAGUCAAAUUCGAAAUGACUGUAGCUAAAUUAGUUGCUACUGCUUUUUGGAAAAGUAGUCGCUCGAUCAAGCAACAGAAAGCGUAUGGGGUGAAAUGGCGCCCCCGAGCGGCCAUGCGCUGCACUACACCCCGAGGAAAGCCUCCAGUGUGUGUUGAAACGACACGUCUGUGCAGAUGGAUGGAGCGAUUAGGCCGAACAUUUCCUGCUUCGUUCGCCCCGUUUAGCACGCACGCUGGGAGCUCGAAGGAAGUUCAGCUUCGGGGCACGAUGCUAGAAUCUUCGCGUCCGCCGAUUGUGAGUGUCGGAACGUUUUGUAUGCUCGCGUCGUUGCUGUUUUUCCGCAGAAAAUGUUGCGAAUAGCGUCGCAGGCGUCGUAGCUCCGCCCUUGUACCACCGCCUCCGCAGUUCCACCUCGGAAAGCCUUGGAGCGUUUGCGUUGGGACUGUACGUAAAAUCAACAAACAGUGUUUAACAGCAUACAUCUGGAGUUUUUUAUUUAAUUUUUUAUUUUAAAGUUAUAACGUCGUGGAUUGCUUCUAACAUGGAUUAAAAAAAAAAAAAAAAAAACGGUCACGCACAAACGUCCGCACCAUGAUUCGGACGGUACCCAGCGGUUUACUCGCCAAAGCUCGGUGCUGGGAUGCCGACAGUGAGAGGUCCUACCAGGAUCUGUUCGAGAGGCUCGAUGCAAAUAAAGACGGCAAGGUGGAUGUGGCCGAACUGCGGGCGGGCUUGAAGGCGAUGGGAGUGUUCCGACAAGGUGCUGCUCAGAAAAUUGUGAUGAGCGGUGACCAGAAUAAGGACGGCAGUCUGGACUUCCACGAGUUUACCAAAUAUUUGAAGGAGCACGAGAAAAAACUGCGCCUGACGUUUAAGAGUCUGGACAGAAACAACGACGGGCGCAUUGAUGCCACUGAGAUCCAGCAGUCCCUUGCAGAACUGGGCUUGGAGAUCAGCAAAGUGGAUGCCCUGAAAAUCCUGCAGAGCAUGGACAUCGACGGUACCAUGAUGGUGGACUGGAACGAGUGGAGGGAACAUUUCCUGUUUCACCCCGCUCACAACCUGCAGGAGAUCAUACGCUACUGGAAACACUCCUCGGUGCUGGAUAUUGGUGACAGCCUCGCCAUCCCUGAUGAGUUCACCGAGGAGGAGAAGAGCUCAGGCGGUUGGUGGAAGCAACUGGUCGCAGGCGCUGCGGCGGGCUCCGUCUCUCGUACCGGUACGGCUCCUCUGGAUAGAUUGAAGGUUUUCAUGCAGGUUCACUCCACUAAAACCAACAAAAUAAGCCUGGCAAGGGGAUUCAAGCAAAUGAUUGUUGAGGGAGGUAUAACUUCACUGUGGAGGGGCAACGGCAUCAAUGUUCUAAAGAUCGCUCCUGAGACAGCCAUUAAAUUCAUGGCAUAUGAGCAGUUUAAGAAGAUGCUUUCAUCAGAAGGUGAAAAGAUCGAGACGCACAAAAGGUUUCUGUCUGGCUCGCUGGCUGGAGCAACUGCACAGACCGCCAUUUACCCCAUGGAGGUAUUAAAGACUAGACUGACACUGCGAAAAACUGGCCAGUAUUCAGGAAUGUUUGAUUGCGGCAAGACAAUCCUGAAGAAAGAGGGUGUCAAGGCCUUCUACAAGGGCUACAUUCCAAACUUAGUCGGCAUUAUUCCCUACGCCGGCAUAGACCUCGCUGUUUAUGAGAGUCUGAAGAACGCGUGGCUAUCGUACCACACCAAAGAUUCAGCUAAUCCUGGAGUUCUUGUGCUGCUGGGAUGCGGGACCAUUUCUAGUACCUGCGGACAGCUGGCCAGCUAUCCCCUCGCGCUCGUACGCACGCGCAUGCAAGCAACAGCGUCCCUGAACGUUUCAGACCAGCCCACCAUGAGUUCCCUUCUAAAGAGUAUUGUGGCCAAAGAUGGCUUUUUUGGACUCUACCGAGGCAUCCUGCCCAACUUUAUGAAAGUCAUUCCGGCCGUCAGCAUCAGCUACGUCGUUUAUGAAUACAUGAAGAUUGGUUUGGGGAUCAGCAAAUAACACGGGAAGCCAACGAGUGUGGACACGCUGUAUUAAGCUGGAUGACCUGAGAUGACUGGCAUGAUGUGGCAUGACUUCCAUCAGUUUACGCUGGACCCCUGUGGUCAGACAGAUGCACUGUAUUGCACUAAGGAUGGUCCGUAAAUGUCUUAAAUAUGAAUUAUUUAUACUUUAAGCAUGCUUCCUUGUCUUCCUGCUACUGAGAAAGACACUCAAAAUGUGCAGGCUGUACUUGACAAUACUUGACUCAAGAGACUGAACUGUACGUGAAUGCAAACAUUAAACUGUGAAAAUACAAAACAAACAGGUCGUCUAAUUUGCCAUAUGUUUACCAAGCUCAAUGCUGGUUAAAUUGAUUGGAAAUUGCUCAUCCCACAUUGGACCUCAAAAUUGGGAAAAAUAAAUCAGGGUUGAUAUUUGUGGUGAAAACAGGCUACAAAAAAUGAGAUGUGUGUUGAUACAGAUUUCUGUGACUGCCUCACAGAAAAUCAAGAGUGUUCUAAAUGUGACAUCACUGUUGGUUUUUCCAAUUCAUUUACUGUACCAGCAUAGUUCAUGCACAAGUGCAUGACUUUAGCAGUGUUGUGCUCAUACAACCUCACAAACUAUAAACCUGCGACAUUUUCAACAAAUUAACCUGUUUUGUUGCUCUAACUCAUGUAAAAGACAAAAUGUACAUUAAAUCUUUUUUGUUGUUGUUGA